GUUUCUUGAUCUUACCUCGAGAUUGGUUGAUGUUGACUUUUUGCGUCUUUUGAUCUUGUUUAUUGGCCGGUAGAUCCGAGAUUUGGGGUUGUGGAGAUUGCGGUAGGGGGUUGCGACGACGAUGCAGCGAUAUCUUGUUGCUGCUGUUUUCGCGCUUGGCGCUGUGGCGGCUCCGUCGUCUGAAUCUCAGAUUGUCUUCACAAAGAAUCAUUCUCAUGAUGAUGGCAUCUCGCGGAAAUUUGCCAAGAAUGGGCUUGUUUGGACAGAGGGCUCUGUGAGAAUGAACCACAUACAGGUUGUCGGGUCGCACAACAGCUACCAUAUUGAGGCCCCCAAGGCGGAGCGAGAUCUUCAGUCUACUUUUGCAUCGGGGGCGAUAGACUUGCAGUAUUCGCAUUCUGCGCUGGAUGUGCAGCUGGAGCACCUUCAUGUGAGGAACCUGGAAAUAGACUUGUUGGCGGAUCCAGAUGGCGGCAUGUUUAGCCAGCCGCUGAUUCGCAGGUUUGCCGGGUUAGGAGUCCCUAAUGACCCGGCGCUCAAGCAGAAGGGCACAAAGGUGCUGCAUAUCCCAGACGUGGACUAUCACACCAGUUGCUCUACGCUGGUUUCCUGUCUGCAGGUCAUCAAGGGAUGGAUGGACGCACACCCAGAUAGCGUGCCUUUGCCAAUGAUGAUGGAGUUUAAGACGGCAGAGAAACUGGGGGAAAGACUAGGCGGCGCAAAAGUGGUACCUUGGAAUGCUGAGCUGUUGGACAAUGUCGACGAGGAGAUUCGGUCAGUGUUUGAGGCGUCGCAGCUUCUCACCCCAGACGAUAUUCGCAGAGACGGCAUGACGCUGGAGGAGUCGAUCUUGAAGUACGGCUGGCCAGACUUGGAAAGUGCGAGAGGCAGGAUCUUCUUUCUCAUGGAUAACGGACCGGUGCAUGAUGUGAGAGAUGCGUAUAUCGAGGGAAGGCCGAAUCUAGAGGGGAGAGUGCUGUUUACGAAUAGUGCGCCUGGACAGGGAGACUGCGCGUUUCAAAAGCACAACGAUCCAUCAACCGAUGCAAACGUCGAGUUCAUCCAGGCUCAAGUCCGCGCAAACUACUGGGUGCGCACGCGCGCCGACGAGCCGCUCGACACGGUGCUCGCACACAACUGCUCGACUUCUCGACGAGACAAGGCGCUGCGGUCUGGGGCGCACAUUGUGUCGACGGAUUUCCCGGCGUUUGGGAUGAGUGCGCGGUGGGGGUGCGAUUAUGCGGUGAGGCUGCCGGGCGGGAAGGGGGCGAGGUGUAAUCCUGUGAGUUGGAGUUUGGGGGAGCAAGAUGGGUGUGAGGGGAGGGAGCUGGAGCCGGAGGAGUAUUAUAGAGGAUAAGUGGGAUAGAUGAAGAGUUUCGUGAUGUUGGAUGAUGGCUUUGUGGAGUUGUGUCCUUAAGGGUGGGAGGAUGAGGUUUCGAUAAGAGAGUGUGGCUUAGUGGAUGUCUUGGUAGAAAGAAAAACAUGUAAGACUGCAUAGAGUGGAAU